AUGGCAAAAAAUGAGACUCUCAUUUCUUCCAUUCGUAAUAUUAUAAAGAUUAUCCCUGCCAAAGCAUACUUAAAGAAUUCUUUCAAAAUGAAAAACUUGCCAAAAAGACAGGGCGUAACUCAACGCGGGAUGAUUGGACCUUUUCCACAAAACGGUAUUGGAGGAUAUACUGAAAUGGACCAAUUGGUUCCUUAUGAAGGCAUUGAAGGCAUCGAUUUCCGUUCGACUUUUCAAAGAACACUAUUUCGAAUGCCACUUCGGAAACAACCAAGUGAUAUUUCAGACAGUAUUUUUACUACAGAUCAAAUUCUUAAAUUGUUCACCGACCUUAAAUCAACUAUCUCCUCCCAAUUUUUAUUUCUUCGACAUAUCGAAACAAUUGAAAUUUCUCAUAUACUUAAGGCAACAAUUCCAUUACAAAUAAAUUCACUUUAUAAAGCGACUAUAACGGGAUUGACUGAAAAUGUGAGAAACAAAAGAAAAUGCGUCAUAAACAAUAAAAUUCAAACUUUCCAAAUGGAGAUCAAACAAAUUGAAGAUUUAAACGAUGUGCAGAAGGACUAUUGGAUUAUUGUUACCGGUGCCCAACCAAAUCCUGAAGAUUCUCAAAUGAAAAUAUUUGCAGAACGAUAUCGAUUACGCGUAUUAGGAGGAAUUGCUGCAUUAUAUAAAAGUUCGAAAGAUGAUAAUAACCGUCUUCAUAUUUUGCUGAAUUACAUAGCAGCUAUGGUAAUCGCUCUUUCAACGAAUACCGGAGCGACUUUAUUGGUAGAUUAUACUCUUUCCUUUCGUUAUCUGAUACGACAGCAAAAGUUGUUGAAUUACGAGAACCUAGAGAAAGAAUCCAUCCUAUCUCCAUUUCCGUCCAUUAAUAGGAAUUAUUCAAAGUACGCACUUGAAUACGGUUUCAAACAUAUUAUGGAUAUUCGUAAUUUACUACGAAAUAACUGGAAUGAAUUGAAGUUCCGAUUAGAACCAAGUUUCAAGUCACUGCUCCGUUCACAUCCCAUUUGGUUGACGAUUUCUCGCCCGGAAUGCUCAAUCACUGAUAGUUAUAAUCCGUUAGAUGAAGAUCGAAAGAAACUUUUAAAACCAGCUUCAUGCGGAUAUAUUUUGACAAAUUCCUUUCACCAACAUCGAAUAAAAACUCGUUCAAUUUUUUUGGAUGCAAGUAACAAUAAUAGUUGUCAAAUUUUAACCGUUCUUAAUGUUCCCACGCGAGAUAUCUACGUGUAUACCUUUGAGGAUGUCGAAUUUCCUAAGGAAUAUGAUAGCUGUUAUCUCGAUUUCCUAAAAGACAUACUUAAAUAUAUUCAAAUUAUUCAAGGUUUAAACUGGUGUUUUGAGCCGUGUUUGGAGGAGUCUCUAGUGUCUUUCUUCAUCAAAUAUACAGAGAAUUUAUCGAAAAUUGGAUUUAAAAAUAGCAUCGGUCAAGAGAUAUUUAAAAAGUUUGCCGUUAAAGGCAAAUGGACCCAGAACCCCCAUCUGACAUACGUUAUCGAGGCUUCAUCCUGGUUGAUCAUCUAUAUAAAAAUUUUAAACGAUUUAAAUUUGGAAAGCAUUGAAGGAAUUCCAUUCAUCCCGAUUGCCAAAAAAGUCGCGUGGAGUCAAAUGCCAUUGAUCGCGGAAGAUGUAAUACCACCUCAACAAGUACUCGAAAAAUAUCCGUCAUUUGGUAAACCGGAUGUUUCUACUGUAGUAAGACAUCUCCGUUUUUUGUAUUCAAUACUUCGGUACGAUGAAGUAUGGAAGAAGGAUUGGACUGAUGCAUUAAAAACAACAUAUAUGAGAAAUAAACAUCCAUUUAACCUUGAAAAUUGGGUUUCUGCGGAUGAUUUGGUAUUGAACAGCGAAUUUGGCGAUGCGAAGUAUGAUUAUCCAGAUCUUGCUAUGUAUUCUACCAUGCUCAAAAGUGCCGGUGCUCGGGAAAUAAAACGACCAAAUGUUCAAAUUAAAACAUCUUCCUUAAACGACGUAACUUUUGUUGUGAAUGAAUCUAGUCCGACUAAUUUCACUUUUAAGGACAUUACAUUCAACCUAAUUCGAUGCGCAUCUUGUUACAAUAUUUAUAUCUUAUAUGGCCAAAAUAUUGAUGACGCAAUUCAAAAAUUGAAUGAUAAUUAUCAAGAUUCAAAAUUGUCAUUGUAUAAAGACCUACUUGAGAUAUCAAGUGAUUACAAGUUAGACUAUUUGAAAGAGCUUAUGGAAUUGAGGCUCUCACGAUUAGUUCACAUGUCAAACGUAGAAGAAAUGAAAACAUUUGCGGAAAUUUCAAGUGCCAAUCAACUUUAUGAGUAUUGCUAUCAAUUUAUUCGCGAUAAUAGUGAGUUGUAA